GGGGAGGGGGUCGGGGAGGAGGGGCGAGGGCCGGGCCGCGGUUACGGCGGCUGAGGAGAGACAGCCCGGGCGGGUGGGGGGGGCGAGAGCGAAGGCCGCGCGGAGCAGCGCUCGGACCGGCGCGGGCGCGGGGAGGGCGGCGGCGGCCGAGGCGAAGGGCCGCCGGGCGGCGGAGGCACCCAGUGCAAAGAACUGUAGACCACGGAGCCAUGGACAAGAGAAGUGUGGGUGAAACAGAAAAUGGAGAUGCUUUCCUUGACCUGAAGAAGCAUCCGGCCUCCAAAUCCCCCCAUCGCUAUACAAAAGAGGAACUUUUGGAUAUAAAAGAACGCCCUCAUUCCAAGCAGAGGCCUUCAUGCCUUUCUGAAAAAUACGACAGUGAUGGUGUCUGGGACCCUGAGAAGUGGCAUGCCUCUCUCUACCCAGCCUCAGGGCGGAGCUCACCAGUGGAAAGUCUGAAGAAAGAGUUGGAUACAGACCGCCCUUCCUUGGUGCGCAAGAUUGUAGAUCCACGAGAGCGUGUGAAAGAAGAUGACUUAGAUGUUGUUCUCAGCCCACAGAGACGAAGCUUUGGAGGGGGCUGCCACGUAACAGCUGCUGUUAGCUCCCGGCGCUCAGGAAGCCCUUUGGAGAAAGACAGUGAUGGACUUCGCCUGCUUGGUGGAAGGAGGAUUGGCAGUGGAAGGAUAAUCUCUGCUCGGACCUUUGAGAAGGAUCAUCGGCUUAGUGAUAAGGAUCUACGGGACUUGAGGGACAGAGACCGAGAGAGGGACUAUAAGGACAAGCGUUUCAGGAGGGAGUUUGGGGAUAGUAAGCGUGUCUUUGGUGAACGUAGAAGAAAUGAUUCCUAUACAGAAGAAGAACCAGAAUGGUUCUCAGCUGGACCCACAAGUCAGUCUGAAACCAUUGAGCUAACUGGCUUUGAUGAUAAGAUACUGGAAGAAGAUCAUAAGGGGAGAAAGAGAACAAGGCGACGGACAGCUUCUGUGAAGGAAGGCAUAGUUGAGUGCAAUGGAGGAGUGGCGGAAGAAGAUGAGGUGGAGGUCCUCCUUGCCCAGGAGCCAGCUGCUGAUCAGGAAGUGCCAAGAGAUGCUAUCUUGGCUGAACAGUCCCCAGGAGAAUUUGACUUUAAUGAGUUCUUUAACCUUGAUAAGGUGCCAUGCUUGGCUUCGAUGAUAGAAGAUGUUUUGGGAGAAGGGUCAGUCUCUGCCAGUCGAUUCAGUAGAUGGUUCUCUAACCCAAGCCGUUCAGGAAGCCGAUCCAGCAGUCUUGGGUCAACACCACAUGAAGAACUGGAGAGACUUGCAGGUCUGGAGCAAGCCAUCCUUUCUCCUGGACAGAACUCGGGGAAUUAUUUUGCUCCUAUACCAUUGGAAGACCAUGCUGAAAAUAAAGUGGAUAUUUUAGAAAUGCUACAGAAAGCCAAAGUGGAUUUAAAACCUCUUCUUUCCAGCCUUUCUGCAAAUAAAGAAAAACUUAAAGAGAGCUCACAUUCUGGAGUUGUGCUUUCAGUGGAAGAGGUAGAAGCAGGACUCAAGGGCUUGAAGGUGGACCAGCAAGUGAAGAAUUCAACUCCCUUCAUGGCAGAACACUUAGAGGAGACCCUGAGUGCUGUUACCAACAAUCGACAGCUCAAAAAAGAUGGAGAUAUGACUGCGUUCAACAAGCUUGUGAGCACCAUGAAAGCAAGUGGAACUUUGCCUUCUCAGCCCAAAGUUAGCCGAAACCUUGAAAGCCAUUUGAUGUCCCCUGCUGAGAUUCCAGGCCAGCCUGUCCCUAAGAACAUUCUGCAGGAACUUCUGGGUCCACCAGUUCAGAGACCUGCUUCUUCCAAUCUUCUGAGUGGCCUUAUGGGGAGCUUGGAGUCUACAUCUUUACUGGCCCAAAGAGCACCCUCUCCUCCCUUGUCACAGGUGUUUCAGACACGAGCAGCCUCAGCAGACUACCUUCGUCCUAGAAUACCAUCACCAAUUGGUUUCACACCAGGACCACAGCAACUUCUUGGAGAUCCAUUCCAAGGCAUGCGCAAGCCCAUGAGCCCUGUCACAACCCAGAUGAGCCAGCUAGAAUUGCAACAGGCAGCUUUGGAGGGGCUGGCCCUACCACAUGACCUUGCAGUGCCAGCAGCAAACUUCUACCAGCCUGGUUUUAGCAAACCACAAAUGGACAGAACCCGAGAUGGAUUCAGAAACCGGCAACAGCGAGUGACCAAGUCACCAGCACCUGUGCACCGAGGGAAUUCCUCAUCCCCUGCCCCUGCAGCACCCAUCACAAGCAUGCUUUCACCUUCUUUUACCCCUACCUCAGUGAUUCGUAAAAUGUAUGAAAGCAAAGAGAAAAGCAAGGAAGAGCCAGCACCUGGAAAAGCAGCUGUUGGUGAAAAUAAAGAGGACACUCAGAAGACCAGUGAAGAGAGUCUCCUGUCACCCAACUCUGUGCACAGUGCUGAUCGAGACUCUUCUCCAACUACAAAUCCCAAAUUGUCAACAUUGCAGCGCUCUUCAUGUUCUACCCCACUGUCCCAGACCAGCCGUUACACCAAAGAACAAGAUUACCGACCUAAAGCAACUGGGAGAAAAACACCCACUUUGGUGUCCCCAGUUCCAGGAACACCCUUUCUCCGCCCUGUCCACCAAGUUCCCCUCGUUCCCCAUGUCCCAAUUGUUCGGCAUGCUCACCAGCUUCACCCAGGGUUGGUCCAAAGGAUGCUGGCCCAGGGAGUCCAUCCACAGCAUCUUCCGAAUUUACUCCAAGCUGGUAUGCUUCCUCCUGGGAUGGAUCUGACUCACUUACAGGGUCUAUCUGGUCCAAUCCUGGGUCAACCCUUUUACCCUUUACCUGCCACUAAUCAUCCUCUCCUAAACCCUCGUCCUGGGACACCUCUGCAUCUGGCAAUGAUGCAACAGCAAUUACAGCGCUCAGUUCUUCAUCCUCCAGGCUCUGGUUCCCAGGCAGCAGCUGUCAGCAUUCAGACAACCCCUCAAAAUGUACCCAGCAGGUCAGGCCUGCCCCACAUGCACUCGCAGCUGGAGCAUCGCCCCAAUCAGAGGAGCAGCUCCCCGGUGGGCCUAGCCAAAUGGUUUGGCUCAGAUGUGCUACAGCAGCCCCUGCCCUCCAUGCCUGCCAAAGUCAUCAGUGUAGAUGAAUUGGAAUACCGACAGUGAAGCAGGACUGGUGGGCUCACCUAAUCCUGGACUUACGGCGGCACCUUGGCCAGGACUCUGCUUCCUCAUUGUGGGAUAAUUUGGGGCUUUUCUUUGGAGCACUCUGCAAGGGUUCAGGCACCUGGCGCAGUCCGCAUUAUGAAGGAAGCUGGAAAGAUCGUAACCAAUUGAAUGGAGCCCUCGUGGUCUGAAGAGGGUUGACAACAUGCACGGUGUUGUCAAUCCUGGAUUGUCUGUUGUAUAUCUGUGUGGGUUUUUUUUUUUUUUGUAAAAUAUGUGAAUGAAGUGUUGGUGUCUUCACCAAGAGGUGGCACCUAACCCUUAUGUACAGACCUGUGUAUAAACAACUUUUGUAUAUACAUAUAGGAUAGCUUUUUUGAACUUAUACAGCUGUACAUAAAAGUAGCUGUUAGUAGUUAAGCCUCUGUGAAGUUUGAAUUUUUUUCACUUGUAUAUUUGGGACUUUCUUGGUUGAUUAAAGUUGCAGUUGCUGCGUAAGUGAAGCA